UUUUAUCUUUUUUUCUCUUCUUCAAGCUUCAUUGCAAUCACCUCUUUCUACCUUCUUCUUCACUUCAGUCAGAACGUGAACAAGGGGGAACCCACAAAGUCGAAAAAGAACAAGUUUCAUGGGUUAUAAUUCCACCAAGACUUCAUUUUUCAGAUAUACACAAUGAAAAUUCUACACUUCUUAUGGCUUUUCUUGAUACCCUUUUGGCAAAUCUUAUCAGGUAAUGAGAUUUUCUUGGUUUCCUCUCAAUGUCUUGAUGAUCAAAAGUCAUUGUUGCGGAAUUUGAAGGAUAGCCUCCAUUAUAAUUCUAGUUUGUCAAAUAAAUUGGCAAGUUGGAACAAGAACACAAGUGAAUGUUGCAAUUGGGAUGGGGUGACAUGUGAUAGCUCUGGUCAUGUGAUUGCCUUGGAACUGGACAAUGAAUCAAUUUCUGGUGGAAUUGGGAAUUCGAGCGCUCUUUUCAGUCUUCGGUAUCUUGAGAAGCUAAAUUUGGCUUACAACAGGUUCAAUGCUGGCAUACCAAUUGGUAUAGACAACCUCACGAACUUGAAGUACCUGAAUUUAUCGAAUGCUGGUUUUGUUGGCCAAAUUCCAAUGAUGUUAUCAAGAUUAAGAAGGCUAGUUACUCUUGAUCUCUCAACUCUUUUCCCUGACUUUGACCAGCCACUAAAACUUGAGAAUCCCAAUUUGAAACAUUUCAUUGAGAACUCAAGAGAGCUUAGAGAGCUUUACCUUGAUAGUGUUGAUCUUUCAGCUCAGAGGAGUGAGUGGUGUCAAUCUUUAUCUUCAUAUUUACUUAACUUGACCAUCUUGAGCUUGCGUACUUGUAAAAUUUCAGGCCCUAUUGAUGAAUCACUUUCUAAGCUUCAAUUUCUUUCUAUCAUCCGUCUUGACCAGAACAAUCUCUCUACUACAGUUCCUGAAUAUUUUGCCAAUUUCUCGAACAUGACUACCUUGACCCUCGCCUCUUGUAAUCUGCAAGGAGCAUUUCCUAAAAGAAUCUUGCAGGUACCAGUUUUAGAGAUUUUGGACUUGUCAAAUAACAAGAUGCUUAGUGGUAGUAUUCCGAAUUUUCCUCGAAACGGAUCUUUCAGGACUAUAUCACUAAGCUACACCAACUUUUCUGGUUCAUUAACAGAGUCCAUUUCGAACCUUCAGAACCUGUCCAGGUUAGAGCUCUCCAAUUGCAAUUUCAGUGGACCAAUACCUUCCACAAUGGAAAACCUUACAAAUCUUGUUUAUUUGGACUUCUCCUCGAACAAUUUCACUGGUUCUAUCCUAUACUUCCAAAGAUCCAAGAAACUCACCCAGUUAGACGUCUCUCAGAAUCUUCUAACUGGUCACUUGUCUAAAGCGCAUUUUGAAGGACUCACAGAGCUUGUUAACAUAAAUUUAGGGAACAAUUUACUCAAUGGUACCCUUCCUGCCUAUAUAUUUGAGCUCCCCUCCUUGCAGAAGCUUUUUCUUAAUGGCAAUCAAUUUGUUGGCCAAGUCAAUGAAUUUGACAAUGCAUCCUCCUCUCUGCUGGAUACAAUUGAUUUGAGCAACAACCACCUGAAUGGACCGAUUCCCAAGUCCAUGUUUGAAGUUGAGAGGCUUAAGGUCCUCUCACUUUCUUCCAACUUAUUUAGUGGGAGAGUGCCACUAGACCUCAUUGGGAGGCUUAGUAACCUUACAAGACUGGAGCUUUCUUACAAUAACUUGACUGUCGAUGCAAGUAAAUCAACCUCUUUCACAUUUCCCCAGUUGGGCAUAUUGAAACUAGCUUCUUGUGGGUUGCAAAAGUUCCCUGAUCUUAAAAAUCAGUCAAGGAUGUUCCACUUAGACCUUUCUGACAACAAAAUAUUGGGGGCAAUACCGAAUUGGAUUUGGGGAAUUGGUGAUGGAGCUCUCGCUCACCUGAAUCUUUCCUUUAAUCAGCUGGAGUACAUGGAACAGCCUUACAAUGGUUCCAGUAAUCUUAUAGUCUUUGACUUGCGUUCCAACCGUAUAGAAGGUGACCUACCAAUUCCACCUCCUUCUGCCAUCUUUGUGGACUACUCGUGGAAUAAUUUCACCAAUUCCAUCCCCCUAGAUAUUGGAAUGUCUAUUGCUCUUGCUUCCUUUUUCUCAGUUGCAAAUAAUGGCCUCACUGGAAGAAUUCCUGAAUCCAUAUGCAAUGCCAGCUAUCUUCAAGUGCUUGAUUUGUCUAACAAUGCCUUGAGUGGAACAAUACCACAAUGUCUACUGGAAAAUAGUACAACUCUUGGGGUGCUGAAUCUAGGGAAGAACAGACUCAAUGGUGUUAUACCAGAUUCAUUUCCAUUCGGCUGUGCUCUAAAAACUUUAGACCUCAGUAGCAACUCCUUAGAAAAGGAGCUGCCAAAAUCGCUUGUCAACUGCGAGUCGUUGGAAGUUCUGAAUGUUGGGAAUAACAGACUAGUUGACAGUUUCCCGUGCAUGUUGAGUAAGUCAUACAGUCUGAGAGUCAUAGUCUUGCGCUCCAAUCAAUUCAAUGGAAGUCUUCAUUGUGGUCCAAAAAAUAGCUGGCAAAAUCUCCAGAUUAUAGAUUUAGCUUCCAACAACUUCAGUGGUGUGUUGAAAGCAGAAGCUUUUUCAAAUUGGAGAGGGAUGAUGGUUGCAGAUGAUUACGUGGAGACAGGACGCAACCAUAUCCAGUUUAAGUUCCUCCAGCUAAGUAACUUUUACUAUCAGGACACAGUGACAAUAACCAUCAAAGGGAUGGAGCUGGAGCUUGUGAAGAUUCUCAGGGUCUUCACAUCUAUUGAUUUCUCUUCAAAUAGAUUUCAAGGAGUGAUACCAGAUACGGUCGGGGAUCUUAGCUCACUUUUUCUUCUGAACCUCUCACACAAUGCCAUUGAGGGACCAAUCCCAAAAUCAACUGGCAAGCUCCAAAUGCUUGAAUCACUAGACCUGUCAUCAAACCAGCUAUCUGGAAAAAUCCCUGUCGAGCUUGCAAAUCUCACAUUCCUAUCAUAUCUGAACUUAUCACUUAACAAUUUGGUUGGAAGAAUCCCAUCGAGUAAUCAAUUUCAAACAUUCUCUGCAGAUUCCUUUGAAGGAAACACAGGCCUAUGCGGGUUCCCUCUCAGCAUUUGCGCCAGCAAUGCUCCAGAGUCAACACCAUCACCGACUUCGCAAGAUGACUCUUAUGAUUGGCAGUUCAUAUUUACAGGUGUGGGAUAUGGAGUAGGGGCAGCAAUCUCCAUUGCACCUCUGUUGUUUUACAAGGAAGGGCGGAAAUACUGUGACGAACAUAUGGAGAGAUUACUUAAAUUGAUAUUUCCAAGAUAUCGGUUCACGUACACCAGAUAUGACCCUGGAAAGGUUGUGGCAGUGGAACAAUUUGAAGAUGAGACCCCAGAUGACACUGAAGAUGACGAUGAGGGGGACGAAGAAGUAACUCUUGGGCGGUAUUGCGUUUUCUGCAGUAAAAUUGAUUUUCACAGAAAGCAAGCAAUACAUGAUCCAAAAUGCACUUGUCAUAUGUCAUCGUCCCCCAUUUCUUGUCCUCCUACACCAUCCUCUUCUUCACCUUUAUUGGUCAUAUACAAAAAUUUUGAUUUCUGAGCUUUAUCUCUGCACAUUUGUAAUCUGUAUAUAGUUACAGGUAGCAUAGGAUAUUGAAUCAAAGCAAAUUCAAUUUUCUUCGAGUCA